AUGGCGCUCGGGAAGGUCGCCAUCGUCAUCGGAGCGGGUAUUGUAGGGUCUAUGAUCACAAAGGAAGUUCAUUUUUCUGAUGUCACUUAUUUGUUUUCUGAUGCUUUCAAGAUUGUCACGAAGCACCUAAAACAAGAUAAUGGUAAUAUUCAAUCUUCUAGCAAACCACAGAAUGAAUCUCUACUAGCACAGGUUAAUACUCUCCGUCAAGAGUUGCAACUCUUAGCAUCAUCAAGAUCAGUUACAAUUGUAACUGGUGCAAACUCAGGUUCUGGUACUUGUGGCAUCACAGCUGUUAUUGUGUUUGGGGCUGUUGGAUAUCUAUGUAUAUGGUGGAAGGGAUGGAAGGUUUCUGAUAUGAUGUUUGUGACACGUCGUGGUUUAUCAGAUGCUUGCACUACAGUCGGCAAGCAACUGGAGCUAAUCUCAGCAUCAAUUGCUACUGCUAAGCGUCAUUUAUCUCAAAGGAUUGACCGUGCAGACAUCAAUUUGGAGGAGUGCAAGGAACUUGCUACUGCCACCAAAUGUGAGGUCUCAAAGCUACAUGGGGAUUUGAGUUUGAUUCACACCGAUGUUGAAUCUGUUCACCAUGCUGUCCAGACUCUGGAGACAAAGCUUUUUCGAAUAGAGGACAGACAGGAUUUUGCAACCCAAGGAGUCUAUCAUCUGUGUCAGUAUGUGGAAAAAUUAGAACAGAGCAAAAGUCAAGAACUUAUUCAGGACUCACCAUCCAGUUCUAGCCAAGCAAUUGAACUUCCACAAGCUACACCGUUAGUGACAAAAACAGACUCUUUGCCACCUUUGACCCUGGAAACACCAUCAUCGUCAAUGUCUUUGUCGUCAUCAUCUGCUGUUGAGAAGUCUAAGGUGAUGAUUUUUGACAUUUACCUCGACUUCUAUGAGUGUCAUAUUAUAGUAUCUGAUCAACUAAAGGUUUCUGGGGUUCUGCAGCUUGCAACAGCUGUGUUGGUUUCAGACCUAGUAAAGCUUAGCACAUAUAAUGUUCUUUAUUUUGCCAAAACAGUACUAUGA